AUGGCGUCGAAACGCAAGGCAUCUGCUAUGAACGCGGCUGCUUCAGAGGAGCCAGUCGACCCAUCCGACGAGCUGGUCUUUUUGUGUUUGGGUGGUGGAAACGAAGUUGGGAGAUCAUGCCAUAUUAUCCAGUACAAGGGCAAAACCGUCAUGCUUGACGCCGGCCAGCAUCCUGCGUACGAUGGCCUUGCCGCACUUCCCUUCUACGAUGAUUUCGACCUAAGCACGGUCGACGUGCUACUUAUCAGCCAUUUCCAUAUCGACCACGCUGCCUCUUUACCUUAUGUUUUAGCAAAGACGAAUUUCCGAGGACGCGUGUUCAUGACGCAUCCGACAAAGGCCAUUUACAAGUGGCUCAUCCAAGAUAGUGUUCGCGUAGGCAACACGUCGGCGAAUCAGACGACGCAGCCUCUUUACACCGAGCAGGAUCAUUUAAAUACAUUUCCACAAAUCGAAGCUAUCGAUUACCAUACGACGCACACGAUAUCCUCUAUUCGAAUUACACCAUACCCCGCGGGCCAUGUGCUUGGUGCUGCCAUGUUCCUGAUCGAAAUUGCCGGGCUCAACAUCUUUUUCACGGGCGAUUAUUCUCGAGAGCAGGACCGACAUUUGGUCUCGGCCGAAGUCCCCAAGGGCGUUAAAAUUGAUGUCCUGAUUACAGAAUCUACAUAUGGCAUUGCGUCGCAUGUGCCUCGUCUGGAACGCGAACAAGCCCUCAUGAAGUCCAUCACAAACAUUCUAAACAGAGGCGGCCGAGCACUCCUGCCAGUCUUCGCGCUAGGAAGAGCCCAAGAACUUCUUCUAAUCCUGGACGAAUACUGGGGAAAGCAUGCCGAGUUUCAAAAAUACCCAAUAUAUUAUGCCAGUAAUCUGGCAAAGAAAUGUAUGCUGAUUUAUCAGACCUACGUUGGUGCUAUGAACGAUAACAUCAAGCGACUCUUCAGAGAACGCAUGGCCGAAGCCGAAUCAUCAGGACAGGUUGCUGGGGCUGGGGGUCCUUGGGACUUUAAAUAUAUUCGCUCGUUGAAGAACCUGGAUCGCUUUGAUGAUGUCGGGGGCUGUGUCAUGCUUGCGAGUCCGGGUAUGCUGCAAAACGGCGUCAGCCGCGAGUUGUUUGAGCGCUGGGCGCCAAGCGACAAGAACGGUGUCAUCAUCACGGGUUACAGCGUGGAAGGCACCAUGGCACGCCAGAUUAUGAAAGAACCAGAGCAAAUUCAGGCCGUCAUGUCGCGAAGCAUUGCGGGCGCGAGAAGAGCACCGGGGGGAGAUGGCGAGAAAGUCAUGAUCCCGCUGCGAUGUAGCGUGCAAGAAUAUUCUUUUGCUGCGCACGUCGAUGGUGUCGAGAACCGCGAGUUCAUUGAAGAAGUCGCCGCGCCAGUAGUGAUCUUGGUGCAUGGUGAGCAGACUAAUAUGAUGCGUCUGAAGUCAAAGCUGCUGUCACUCAAUGCCAACAAGACAGUCAAGGUGAAAGUUUACUCACCUCGCAACACCGAAGAGCUACGCAUCCCAUUUAAAGCCGACAAGAUUGCCAAGGUCGUGGGCAAGCUCGCCUCCAUCCCGCCCCCACGGCCUAUUGGACCCGACGCCGAUGGCAGCGCCGUUGGCGGCCCGCUCGUCUCGGGCGUCCUGGUCCAAAACGACUUCAAGCUUUCCCUCAUGGCGCCCGAAGACCUCCGCGAAUACGCCGGCCUCAACACCACCACGAUUACCUGUAGGCAACGACUGACGCUAAGCGCCGCCGGCAUCGACCUUAUCAAGUGGGCGCUCGAGGGCACCUUUGGCGCUGUCGAGGAACUGCCCGAGAUGCGGCACUUGCACGUCCCCGCUAGCAAGGCCAUGGACAAGAAAGACACCGAAGGCGCCGCAGAUGACGAGGAUGACGAGUACAACCCGGAAGCGGCGCAGGAAGAAGAGCAAGAGGAGGCCGACGAGGAGGUCCCCGGCCUCGUAGCGGCGUACCUCGUCAUGGGCUGCGUCACCGUGCGCUACCGCACCAACGGCGAGGUGGAGCUCGAGUGGGAUGGCAACAUGCUCAACGACGGCAUCGCCGACUCGGUCAUGGCCGUACUUCUCUCCGUCGAGAGCUCCCCGGCAGCCGUCAAGAAAUCCUCGGGUAAGUGCGGCCACCACCACGCCCACUCCCCUUCCGCGAACUCAGAAGCGGGCUCUCCGCCGGAUGGCAUUAACCCGCACGCGCGAGUCUCGUCGCAGGACCGCCUCGAGCGGCUGUUCUGGUUCCUCGAGGCCCAGUUCGGCGCCGACAACGUCACCCCCGUCGAGACGCCCCGGCUUCCCGCAGUGCCUGCACUUCCGUCACCGCCGCCGGACGACGAUGUCAAAGCCAACGCUAACGGUGACGCCACCGGCGAUGAUGCCAUGGACCUCGAGCAGGGCGGCGCAGACGAGGAGGCGGCCCUGGGGCAGCGCCAGCGGAAGGAGCUGGAGCGUCUGCACAAGCUCGGCAUCCCCGUGCCGGGCGUUUCUGUCAGGGUGGACAGCAUGACGGCGACGGUUUGGCUUGAGGACCUUGAGGUUGAGAGCAGCAAGCCGGUUUUUGCGGACCGCGUGCGCGCCGUCGUCGAGCGCGCCGUGGAGGUGACGGCGCCGCUGUGGGGAUGA